AUGAUGAAAGGUUUCAAAAAUAGAUUGACUCGAAAUAAGAGUCAAUCGUCAAAUAAUAAAAAGGAUAAAAAGGAUAAAGAUAAAGAAAAGAAUGAAUCAAAAUCAAGUUUAAGAUCAACUUCUCCAACUACUUCAACAAGUCAAAAUAGUCAAAAUUCACAAUCUUCACUGCAAUCUUCAAAAAACUUAAUGACUGGUACUUCAAGUCUGUUAAAAUCAAAUUCUCUAAGUCCUUCAAGAAGUAGUGGUGAUAAUUCAAGUGGUAAUAAUAUUUUUGGUUCACCUCAACAAUCAAGUAAUAAUAAUAAUAAUACUUCAUCCCCAACAUCUACUGCAUCGUCAACAAAUUUACAACAAGUGGCUCCAAAUACAACAGCAAAUAUUGUAACUAAUACUCAAAAUCCAAAUUUAACUCCCGCUACAAUGCCAUCUAUAGUUACACCACCAACAACUGCUUCAUCAAAUAAUAGUCAACCAAUUACCCCCACCCCAACAUCUCCAAUUGCUUCCUCACAUCAAUCAACUUCAUUUGAUGGUAAAGCAACUCAUUCACAACAUGCGUCACAUCAAGGUCAUUUUGGUCAAUUAUCUCCAAAUAUUGUUUCACCUGGUAAAGAAAAUUUCGAUAUUGAUUUAAUUGUUACACCAAAAAGACAUUCUUCAUCAAGAUUUGAACCAACAUCAAAUGAAAAAUAUCAAGAAAUUGUUAAAUUACCAAAUUUUGAUGAAGUUUUACCAGAGGACCAAAUUCAGUUAUUUAUUCAAAAAAUUGAUCAAUGUAAUAUAAUGUUUGAUUUUGGAGAUGCAACAUUUGAUAUCAGAGGGAAGGAAAUCAAAAGAAUUACAUUACAAGAAUUAAUUGCAUUUAUAUCAAACAAUAGAUUUACUUAUACGGAUGAAAUGUAUAAACAUGUUGUUACUAUGUUUAAGAAAAAUUUAUUCAGACCAAUACCCCCACCUGUAAAUCCAGUUGGUGAAAUUUAUGAUCCUGAUGAAGAUGAACCAGUUAGUGAAUUGGCUUGGCCUCAUAUGCAAGCCAUAUAUGAAUUCUUCCUUAGAUUUAUUGAAUCACCAGAUUUUCAACAUCAAAUUGCAAAACAAUAUAUUGAUCAUGAUUUUAUAUUAAGAAUUUUAGAAUUAUUUGAUAGUGAAGAUCCAAGAGAACGUGAUUGCCUUAAAACUACAUUGCAUAGAAUCUACGGUAAAUUUUUAAGUUUGAGAAGUUUUAUUAGAAAAUCUAUAAAUAAUGUCUUCUUACAAUUUGUUUAUGAAACUGAAAGGUUUAAUGGUAUUGGUGAGUUAUUGGAAAUAUUGGGAUCUAUUAUCAAUGGGUUUGCAUUACCAUUAAAAGAAGAACACAAGAUAUUUUUGGUAAGAAUUUUAAUACCUUUACAUAAAGUUAAAUGUUUAUCAUUAUACCACCCACAAUUAGCUUAUUGUAUUGUCCAAUUUUUAGAAAAAGAUCCGUCAUUGACUGAAGAUGUUAUAAUGGGAUUAUUAAGAUACUGGCCAAAAAUUAAUAGUCCAAAAGAAGUUAUGUUUUUAAAUGAAAUUGAAGAUAUAUUUGAAGUUAUGGAACCAACAGAAUUUAUUAAAAUUCAAAUCCCUUUAUUUGCUCAAUUAUCAAAAUGUAUAAGUUCUCCACAUUUUCAAGUUUCCGAGAAAGUUUUGUGUUAUUGGUCAAAUGAAUAUUUUUUAACAUUAAUUACAGAAAAUGCUGAAGUUGUAUUACCAAUAAUUUUUGCAUCAUUAUAUGAAUUAACAAAUAUAACUCAACCAGGAAUUGAAAAUGGUAUAAUGCAACAAAAAUUAGCAAAACAUCCAAAUGCAACAGUUGACGCAAAUGGUAAUUUAAUUGAUAGUAAAUUAGUAUUACAGGAUUUACAACAAAGUAUAGUGCCAAGUUCAAAUGAUCCAUCACAUCCACAUUAUAAUAUAUUUGAAGUACAUUCGUCAAUAAAUAAUUCACAACAAAAUCAAACCCAACAGAAUAAUGACGGUGACACAAAUAUGAAUCAAGAUAUAAAUGGACAACACGAUUUAACAGAUGAUGAAUAUUACGAUUCAUUUAAUACAAUGCAAAGUGGUUUAAAUAAUCAUCAUAAUAAUCCAUUAGGUGAAGAAUUUGGUGGCGGAGGAAGUGCAUUUGAUGAUAAUAAUCCGUUAUUACAGCAUAAUUCAGCCACUUCAAAUUGGAAUAGAUCUAUCCAUUCCCUCGCUUGGGGUGCUUUAAAGGUCUUCAUGGAUCAUAAUCCAGUGUUAUACGAUCAUUGUACUUUAUUGUACCACCAAUCUUUAUCUGAACAAAAGGAAAGAGAGUCAGCAAGGAAAGAAGGUUGGAAGAGAAUCGAAGCUUAUGUGAAACUUAUUAAAGAAAAUCAAACACAUAGUCAAUUGACUAUAUAA